CACCAACUGAGACAGAAGGAAAAACAGCUGCGAUCAAGUGAGGCUCCAGUGGCUGACUUCCAGAAGACUCUCCAGCAGAGAGACUCAGAGCCGACUCAGAGGACAAAGACCCAGCCUAGUCUUCUACCAACAGCUGUACCACAUUCCACGCCAGUCAAUAUUAAACCAAGAAAGCUCACUGUGCAGUGUAAUCUUAAGGAGACAGCACCACGUGAAAUGUUUAGAGGAUCUGCAACAACUGAUGGUACAUUUGCAUACUUCACCCCACGUUACUCCAACUCAGUCUACCAAUAUGAAUGUAGUACAGAGAAAUGGGAGGAACUUCCUUCAUGUCCAUAUCAGGAUUCUGGACUAGUCAUUAUUGACAGGGAACUAACUGCUGUUGGGGGACGGGAUGGAUCUCAUCGUACUAGCAAACUAUACACACUGCGACAGAGGAAAUGGGUUGAGAAAUACCCUCCAAUGAACACUGGACCUUCCAGGUCUGCUGUAGUU